AUGGCCGUGUGGGAAACCGAAGAUGAGUUAAGCAGCGUUGCAGCUUCACCACUGCCGGCUCCCAUUGAUACACCAUACCGGACGCCCUCGCGAAACUCAAAGAAGUCGCGUCGUUCUGCUACUCCGCCGGGGGGUUCAGCUUCUUCUCCUCCCCCUAACGGCAUUUUCGAUCCUCGCCGAUUUACACCCACCCUUCAUGCGAACCUAGUGUCAGAGAUUCUGUCCUUACGAAGAGACCAAGAGGAGAAACUCAAGAUAAUCGAAAGCCUUGAAAGCUCACUACAUGCUACUCAGGAGGAACAGGAGUCUCUCCAGACCAACCUAUCCAAUACCUCCAAGGAGAGCAGGUCUUUGAAGAGACAACUAUCCCUGCUCGAAGGAGGGACUUCGUCAGCUAUAGGCGAGUUAGCAAAGGAACGUGAUGAAGCGGUUGACGCGAUAACCGAGACUAGGAGACGGCUCGAAGCUGCGCAGAAGAAAGUCCGGACGCAAGAAGAAGAUUCUCAGAGAGUCCAUGAUCUCUGGGCCAAGGAGAAAGAUGAGUGGGACGAAGAGAGGCGCCGAUACGAGCGAAAGAUACAUGUUGCCGAGAGUCGUCUCCGAGUCGUCCUGGAGGAGGUUGCCAAUUUACAGGCAGCACAAAUCAACGGGAAUCAUGAUAAACCCGAAAGUGAUAUCGAGAAGGAAAAUGAUGGUGUCAGCGUACGAACGAUGAGCAUGACUAAUAGUGUCCGGUAUUCAGUGAUGAGCGGACCCGGCUUUGGCAAGAUGAAUGGAUACAGUCUUGCUGAUGAGCUCAACUUCGACGACGACGAUGAUUACCAAACAGAUCCUGAUGGCCGCCAAAGUGUGAUAUCGCUUGCAAGACACCACCGAAAUCAGAGUCGAGACAGUAUGAUGUCUAAAACUCAUCGACGUAACCAGAGCAGUGAUAGCCAGAUACGACCGGGUAGCAUUGUACGAAGCAGACUAUUUAUGAAUCAAACUGUACUCGACAGGCUCGAAGGCGGAAUUCGCGAAGACGACGAGACCUCCGUGGUAUCUCAGAAGGUACAGUAUACUGACACGGGCGUUCAAUUCUCACCACCACCAUCCCCUAGGACAGUACCGACGAAGCCAGCAACGCCAGAGCCUGUCUUGAAAAGUGAGAAGCCGAUGGGCCUAGAAAGUCCAUCUCGAGUUGAGGGUGAGAUUGAAGCAAACCAGAGUCGCAAGAGGGUAUAUGUGAAUAAGCCAGGACCAAUGGAAUCUCCUAAAACAAGACCGAUGGUAUCAGCCGCAUCUCAAACAUCAGAGAAAGCGCCCUUGCUCGCUACAUCUCAACCAGUAAUCGUGGAGACGAAGCCCGCUCCCGUCACAAUUUUGAUGUCGGCUGCCACUCAAACAGAACCUGCCGCGCCUAAACAACAGCCAGUUACUCCUCCACUUUCGAUACCGAGCAUUAGCAUAGUUCCACCAACUAGUCGACCGUCGAGCCCGCGCGAGCAUGUUUGCCUCAGGUUGACAAGAGGCUCGAUAAAUUACCGCCACAUCUUCAUCCGUCUGCGAUCACUUCAAGGCCUACGUCCCCUACUACCUACCGCUACUCCUACUACUGCGACGGUCGAUGAGAGCAAAAAUUUCACACCGGUGCCUGGACACGUCCCUCCGCGAAACCCACGUCGCCUCGAAAGUAGCAGACGAAGCUUUUCAGCAGAAUUACCUACUUCGCCCCCAGCAUCACCAAGCGUUGACGACUUAGAAACGCGGGACGCAUAUCCUGGCAACAACGAUGAUGGUCCGUUAUCCAGUGCUAAGGCCCCCGUUAGGCGACCGCAUCGUAUAAGUAGCUUAUUUGCGGGUUUCGAUGUUCAAAGCUCAGAUGAGCAGGACGAGUUUGAUGAGGACCAGAGCGACUCCGAAUACCGUACGGCACUUGCCCCGAGACCCAAAACUGGCCCUAGUAAACCUAACAAGCGAGUAGCAUCAAGCGCAGUCUCUGCUUCUCCCGAACAAAGUAAACCUGCCGCUAGACAAUCGACGAGUGUUAUAAGCAAGAUCGGAAGUCCAGAAGUUUACAGUAGUUUCCGUCUCGCUGAAGCCCCGGAAGGUCUAACACGAAAACCUUCUCUCAAGGUGGCCACUGGAGCAGCUGGUAGACCGUUGUCAUACAGUACGGGUUCCCGAGCUAGUGUUAUGCGAAAAUCUGCAAUGAUUCAGAGCGGCAUUGCCUCGCAUCAAGGCCUUUCGCGGACCCCCGACUUGCUCGAAUCGAAGGACCCCCCGUUCCCAAUUCCCACGAGAGCGAGCUCAAGGAAGCCACCAUUUAGUAUCAGUGCCCCGAGCGACGGCCAACGUAGUCCUACCUAUACUGGCGAGCAUUGGCCUCGUAGAGGCAGGAAAGCUAGCGUGUAUAGGAGUAGCAGCAUCCGCAAAGCUCGUUCGGCGGCAGCGAUACCCCAGAACCAGAGGCCCGGAAGACGUGGUAGCCGUUCGCCACCACCGCCCAUGUCACCCUCAGAGGAGGCCCCUGAAAGCCCGGGUCUCCCGCCGCUGCCGACCAACGACAUCACCACCCCUCGACGAGAUCGUGGAGGAUCUCGAUACCGUAGCCAUAGAUCUCAACCUUCUACCAACACUGCGAACACCGAAAAUACGAACACGGGUUCCGUCGGUAGCAACCAACAAUCAUCGACUGUAGUAGAUGCUAUCGCGCAGACAAUGGUUGGCGAAUGGAUGUUCAAGUAUGUUAGAAGACGUAAGUCGUUUGGUGUAGCCGAUGGUACCGGCCGCGGGGAGGAGAAUAGCAACGACCGCCAUAAACGGUGGGUAUGGCUCGCGCCUUAUGAACGCGCGAUCCUGUGGAGCAGCAAACAGCCUGCAUCUGGCAAUGCGUUGAUGGGCAAGCCAGGCCGGAAGCUGAUCAUACAAUCUGUGCUUGAUGUAAAGGAUGACAACCCCCCACCCAAAGGCAGCACCCUGAUCUUCAAUCGUUCUAUCCUUAUCUUAACACCGCAGAGAGCAUUGAAGUUUACCGCCACAACGGCUGAGCGUCACUACCUUUGGUUAACAGCACUGUCAUUCCUGGCGCAUUCACAGCAAGAUGUCCCUGAGAUCAUCCCAACAGCUAACGCGCCAAAUAUCGGCCCGGCGCCAGAUUUCGAAGCGCCUCAGGCAAAAACCAAAAGGGGCGGCAUUCGUGACUCGAUUAGGCUAACGAAGGGAAAGAAUCCUGCUUUGAUGGCCCGUCAUGACCCUGUCCCAACCACCAAUCAUCUAGAGGAAGCCCUAUCAGCCCAACAAGAUACGUUCCCUCCGGUACCUGCUCAUCAACGUGACCUGUCGCGCGACGCAGCGGAACCCCCCUUCAUCCCGCGAUUCCAUGAAAGGUCACAUGAACGAGUACAUGAACGGGCAAACCAGGUUGUUCUUCACGGUCGUAAGAGGAGUAAUACUGGUGGCCACAUCCCUCCGCCGCUCUCGUUCCGAGGCUUUUCGGGACCGGCAAGCCAUAGCAGCUCUUACCAUACCUCGACCAACAGUACCGCGGGUAACAGCGUGGAUACGGCGGGCUCGUCUGAGAUCUAUCAAUCGCAGGGGUCCACCAACAUAACCUGGGGUAUGAGCACCGCCGGUUCCCAACGAACGUCGGAAGCAUCAUCUCGACCACCAGGUAAUUUCUUCGAAGCAAUCGGCACCGUGCGGAUGGAGGCUUUCAUUAGCCCGUUGGCAUUCCCGCGAUUCGAAGAUCAUCCAGACGAGCAAGAGGAGUGGCGAUACAGAGCCCGUCGACGGAGUAAAGAAGCUCGUCGCCGCCGUAGUCGGAGCAGACAUCGGGAUAGCUACGUUUCUCGUGGCACGCGCGGCACCGAUUCUUAUUAUUCCGGAAGUAGGGCAGGAGAAGAAGAUUACUUCCGAGAUGAUCCAUUUAAAGGAUUCUAA